GUUAAUGCAGUGUAUUUGCAAUGAUAAUGUUUAAAAAGAUUUAUUUUAGUUUGUCUUUUUUUCUUAAUUUUAUAUUUUUUUGUUUUAUUUUUAUUAUUCAAAACUGAAAGACUGCAGUAAAUAAUCAUUGAUUUUUUUCCUAAUGGAUAGUGUUUCUUUUUUUGUACAAUUUACAUCAAAGACAACCAGUAGAGAUAAAUUGUGCAGGUUAGUUCAGUACACUGCUAAACUUAUUGGCCACAUCACAAAUAAACAAAAUGACAGUCUAAUAAAACGUUUAAAACUUCUUGAAAGCACAAUGAGUACAAGUAGAAAAACGUUUCGUCUUGGCAAAACGAUUGAUAUGAUCCAUUGUGCUUUAAUGGCAUUAAAUGAACCUGAUCCCAUUUUAAGAACUCUUUCUGUAUCUUCACGCGCCUCUCGAGGUGCUUUUUUUUUUUGCGACAUGAUUGUUUGGGCGUUUAAAGCUGGAGUUCUUGAAGGAGAUUUUAAAAAAUGGGCGAUGCGUAGUUAUAAAUACUGGUCUUGCGCCGUUUUCAUUUGUCUUCUCAGAGAUUUGUAUGAACUUAUCAAAUUCAUGGAGGCAUAUAAAAAAUCAAAGUUAAAAGUAAAGAAUAACGAGAAAGAAUUAUUAAAAGACAUGAUAAAGUAUAAUCCUCAUGUUAUGUUGGAUAUUGCAAGAAAUAUAUGCGAUUUGGGUGUAGCACUCAAGUUUUGGGAGAAGUUUAACAUAAAUGAUGGCGUUGUUGGUGCAUUCGGCAUGAUAUCUUCAAUAUUAGGCAUCCUAGAAAUUAUUUAUCCGCAUUAUAAAUUAAAGCUUUCUUAAAUUGAUUACUUUUAUUAACUUGUGAAAUAUAGUUUAAUUAAGCUUAAACUAUUUUGUUUGCUAUUUUUGUAUUUUUGAAAAUAGAUUUGCUGGUGGGUGAAACAUACCUGCAACCACCCUCAACAGCAAUAUCUCUUUUUAAUUUUUUUGAUUCAAAUAUCAGUUAAAUCUUUUCUA